GGUCUACCUCUCAUAGGUAUAUGCACAACGUUCUCCUCUAAUUAUCUUAACCUCUUGAUGCGAAUGCAUAAUUGAAAGAUAUUGCCACGGUAUUUAGUUUAUUACAACAGUAUUUCAUUUUGCUACGGUCUACCUCUCAUAGCUAUAUGCACAAUGUUCUCCUCUAAUUAUCUUAACCUCUUGAUGCGAAUGCAUAAUUGAAAGAUUUUGCCACAGUAUUUAGUUUAUUACAACAGUAUUUCAUUUGAUCCCAGCCUCUCCUCCACGACUGAGAGCACUUCCUGAUACUUUCCUGCUGUCUUCAGAUUUGGCAUUGGAGAUGAAUUUCUGCAGAUAUAGCAUUCUGUGGACUGUUGGUCCUAACUGGCACUGAUUUUGUGUUGCAGUUGGCAAUGUUUCUCCUGGUUUUCCUUGUUCUUGGUGGAGCUUGGUUGGGUUUCUGGGUUGUUCACAAACUUGUCCUGACAGAAGAUGGAUCCAUUGACAUAGGCGUAGCUAAUUUUGUUGCCUGGUCCAUUCGUAUUUUUGCUUCUGUUAUGAUUCUUCAGAGUUCUGUUGAUCCUUUGCUGGCAGCGGAAGCAUUGAUAUGUGGAAUACUGCUUUCAUCAAUAUUGAGGAAAAUUACCCGGCCAAGAUUCGUGCGUCACUUGUACAAGUCAGUAAAAUUAUGCAGACCAGACAAGAGCAACCAUAGGUAUCAGACUUAUUCAUCUCCCGUUGCAGAUUUUUAUGGGUCCAGGCCCAACAACAAAGCUCCAUACAGUACUCCAAUCAGAGGUUCAAGCAGGACGUCACCAAGGCAGUUGUCAGAUUCAGGCACAUUCUAUUCUACCUACCAUGACACACCUGAAAGAAGAGAAUUCUCGAAGGAUGAAUGGGAAAAAUUCAGUAGGGAGUCUACAAAAAAGGCAUUGGAAGGGCUGGUUUCUUCUCCAGAUUUCAGUAAAUGGGCUGUUGCUCAUGCUGACAGAAUCACUUUGGCUCCUAAGAAAGAGACUGCUGAUCAUCCGCGGAGGUGGACGUGGCUUCCUUGGUUAUGAACAUUUUAAUGGUCUUCACUAAUUCAAGUUGGUUUGCACUGGACAUGACUAUGAGAUGUUUUAGUUUAGGAACGGAUUGCCUGCGUUGUUGUAAUAUAGUGUAGCAUCGAUUUGGGCACAGAUUAUACUCUGGAACUAUAUGUUUUGAGUUGAUGAGCCCCCUACAAUCUAACUUUUACUGUGAUCUAUCACUCUUGUAUGAGGACAGAACAUAUGCUUACCCAGAGUCAUUAAUAUUAUAAUAUUUGCACAAAU